AUGUCCAACGACGGUGUUAAACAAGUUGAAGCGUGCUUAAAGACAGCUGCCGAAAAAACAGGAAUUAAAAAUGAAAAAAAUAGUGUUACAGAAGGCAUUCUCUUUUACAUUGUUCCAUUUGCAAAAGCUGCCCCUGCAAAUGAAUUCUACCAAUGGUUCUGCUCUUCAUGGCAAUCACUUGAUUCACUUUACAGUGCUGUUAAUGUAAAAGAAGCUGAAAUGUCUUCUUUAGUUCAAGAUAUUAUUGGACAAUUACAAGAACUCAAAGAAAAUAUUAAUCCAAAACUUCCAGCCAUGUGUGUUUCAUACGUUCUUGCAUCUCUCAACUCACAUCCAGUUGCUCAAACAUACGCUCUUCGUCUUUUAAUUCAAAUGUCGUUCGAGUUUAAGCUUACAGACGAUCCAUCAUUCCUUAAGUGGAUCAUCAGUAUCAUGAAGCGUUACAUCGUUGACGCUGUUGAUAUUAAGCACAACAGAGAUACUUUCGUUGAAACAAUCAUCAGCUUUUUCGAUAGAGUUCUUUCAUACGAUCAUACAUCUAUUGGCGUUCUUUGCACCAUCUUUAACAUUCCAAAAGUCAAGGAACUCGUUAAAGAUGUCACACAACUUUCACAUAUCGCAAAGACAGCAGUUAUCUCCGCAUUAAACGGAACUGAUCUUUUCGAUUUCGAAAUUCUUAAAGAAACAGAUCGUCUUUACGCUUCUCUUCCACAAGAAUUCAAGGAAGUAUUAGAAGUUUUCGUUAAUUUAGGCGUUAUUGAGUUCGAAGAGUUCUUAUCCAGAUAUCCAGACUUCAUUGAUGACAAUAGCCUUAACUUACAACAGAUGUAUAUUAAUAUUCGUAUGCUUACCAUUAUUAAGCUUGUCCAGGAUAAGGAAUACGUUGAUCUUGCAGAUGCAGAGACAGAAGUUGGUCUUACAGGUCUUGAUUUCAAGCGCCUUGUUAUUAAAUUGAAUCAGACCGGAGCAACAAUCUUAAAGAUCGAGUCAAGAAUGGAGAACAGCAGAUUAGUUAAUAAAUACUCCCAGCCGCGUUUGUUCGAUCAGAAACAGGUCGAAGAACUCAAGAAGAAGCUCGAGAUUGCUUGCCAGAAAUUAGAGAAAUACCCAGAUGGUCGUUAUAAGUAA